AUGAAUUGUCAUCCGACAAACAUGAAAGUGACAUAUCUGUCAGAUCAGAUGACGAAGAAGGCUCGGGAUCUUCUUGGGGUUGAAAAGCGUCGACAGAAAGACCUAAUUUUCGAGUUCCAUCCUGAGCUUGUCGCGUGUUGGAAGGAGACUCUCUCAAAGGGGAUGGAAACCUCUACAAAAAAAGAAAUUUUAGAAAAAUAUCCUGAUAAAUGUAAUAUUAACCUAAAAGCUCCGAUUUUGAAUCCAGAGCUUUUGCCGUUGCUUCAUAAGUCUGCUGUUGGCAGAGAUAAGCAUCUCGCGUCGAACCAAAAUCUCUGUGGCCUUUCCUUGGUUAGUCUCGGGAAAGCGCUGUGCGCUAUGUUCUCCGAUGAUGAAGAACCGUUGGAGAAGGAUGAUAUCUUAGAGUUGCUGUGUGACUCCAGUAACAUUAUGUGUGAAUUAAUGUUUCAACUGGAAAAGGCUCGUAAAACUCAUGUCUAUCAGUACGUGGAGUCUAAACGCAAGACUGUUUUAGAAGAAUCUGUCACUGACGAGUUUUUAUUCGGCAAGGAUCUUUCUAAAAGGAUCAAAGAUUCUUCUACGGUUGAAAAAGCAGGUUUAACCUUGAAAUCCCAACCCGAGCAGAAGACUUUUGUUUCACGGAAGCGUUUUUUAAACUGGAAGAGCCCGGCUACGUCGCGAGGUGGCCCGUCUCAGUCGGGCUUCAACCGGAAACCAUUCCAGAAAUUUGGCCAGUUCAAUCGAUCGACACCACCACAAACUCGAUCUCUGAGCAAAUCCAAGGGCUAUCAGUCCCAAUCAAACAACACCAAUUCUAUAGCUGGUCGACUACAAUUCUUUUUACGAGCUUGGUCACAAAUAACUUCAGAUAGUUUUAUUUUAGAAACAAUAUCUGGUUUCAUUCUUAAUUCAAAUUCUAUGACUAUAGAAAUAACUCAAAAUAAAAGAGACCACAUUUUUGAGUUAAUUUCUAAAUUUGAAAAUAUUAAAAUUUGUUCCAUAAGGGAUUUUGCUCAAUUUGUAGGCAAAAUAACUGCUGCUUGUUCGGGAAUAAAUUAUGGUUGGUUUCAUUCUGAACCGUUCGAACGAAAUAACCGCGAAAUUAACCCUGAUGGCAGGAAGAUUAUCUGCGAAGCAUUCAAGUUGAAAGGAGUAAAAGAAGAGUCUGUUAGUCUUCUCCUCAACUCGAUUACUGAAUCCACUCUUAAACAAUACAAUAAACCUAUUGUAGAUUGGUAUUAUUUUUGCAAAUCUCAAGACUUGAACUUAUACAAGCCAACUGAGGGUCAAGUUGCGGACUGGAUGUCUGGAAAAUUUCAUCAAGGUGCUUCUUAUAGUUCUCUCAAUACUUGUCGUUCGGCUCUUUCUUUAAUCUGUGGAGAAUAUAUUGGACAGAGUUCUUUAUUAUCUCGUCUGUUAAAAGGGAUUUAUAAAGAGAAACCCAGUAAACCUAAGUACAAUAAAAUUUACAGUCUUGAUCCGGUUAUUAAUAAAUUAGAACAAAUGAGUCCGCUCAGUGUUCUUAGUUUACCAGAAUUAACUAACAAGUUAUUAAUGUCAAUGGCCUUAAUUACGGCGCAUCGUAAACAAACUCUAUCACUUAUUAAACGAUCAAAUAUUAAAAAAGUUCAGAACGGUUAUGAAAUUCAAAUUCCGGAUUUUAUUAAGACGUCAAGACGUGGUCAUCAUCAACCUCUUCUUAUUCUUCCUCGGUUUCCUGAAAAUAAAAAUUUGUGUGUUGCUUCAAUGUUAGAAGCUUAUUUAAAAGAAUAA